AGAGAACGAAAAAAAAGUUCGUACAAUAAAAAAGUGAGUGAGUGAAUGAAUGAGAGUGGGGGUGAGAGAGAAAGAGAAAGAGAGAGUAUGAUGUAGUUUAGAAACUCGAUAAAGAAGGAAGGAAGACUGUCACGAAAAGACGCACGGUUUAGAAAAAGAAGAGGAGGGAAAGAGGCAGAGAGAGUCGAGAAGAAUCAGAAGGAGCCGAUGUGGACCGAGCCUCUACUCGGCCUCUCGCUCAUAACGUAGCAGCUGUCACGGGAUACGUUUUCCCGCCAACUGGCGGUCAUUAGUGGGGGAAGCGUCGAAUGUGGCGCCAGUAGGAGCAAGGAGUGGGGAUAUUUGAUUGCGUCAAUGGUAGGGAUAGCGGAGGUAAGGGAGGGGAGAGAACUUAACGAAAGCAAAAAACUCCAGCGUCCCGGUCUACCGUUAGGGAGGCCUUCUGUCAAGCCGGCGUCGGCGCGGUGUGACGUGUUCAGUCGCGUCUCGAUCUUUGUAGAAGGAGAAGGGAUCGCUCGUAGCGUGAAACGUCAUAGUUUACAGAUCCCGGUGGUUUUCUUUUCUUUUUUUUUUGUUUUUCCUUCUAUGCGUUCCUUUCUCCUUCGUAUAAACAAUGGCUCAUAGGAGACAAUACGCGUUAAUAUUGUUCGAUUCUUUUUCCUCUCUUUAAUAUAUUAAGAAAAAAAAAUUGCCACGAUUAUACUAUUCUGCCGUCGUCCUGUCGAUAAUAUUUUUGAAGGACAACUACUACGUAAGACAUUUCGAGUUUUAUCAAAGUAGCAAAAAGAUAAGCGAAUACGAGAAAGAAGAAGAAGAGAGAGAGAGAGAGAGAGAGAGAGAGAGAGAGAGAGAUAGAUAGACAGUUAAUACUCUGUUACAAAGCGUUCGGAAAAUAGUGCCGUCAGUGUGUGUGAUCGGAAGACAUUCGACAAAGAAAAAAGGAGGGUGAAGAGGAAGGAGCGGAAGAAAAAUAGAAUACGAACACAGUUUCAGAUCCAUCAAAUGCAGUCACCUCGGAAGCUAAAACAACAACGCCGAAACGCGUCGUCGUCGACGACGUUCAGGCAACCGACUUUAUCGUCGUUGACAACUCGUUGCUAUCGUCCAAGACCAAUGAGAAGUUUGAUACGUGUGCAACGAUACCUGGGGUGAUUUCGGAAAGACGUUAAAUUUGUCGUGGAUCAAUCGAACGUGAGAGAAGAAAAGAAAAAGAAAAAGGGUUCGCAAGCAAGUGCGUUUCUUUUUUUUUUUCUUUACGUUAACACCGAAGAGGAUUAAAAGUGACACUGGGAGAUUCUCUUGAAGAGGAAGGCGUGUUUUGUAUAUAAUUCCUCGCAUUCCAGUGUGUACUCGUUUCACACGUGCGUUACUAUACGCGUGACACCAUAUCAUCCCCCGUUCUCCGUAAAACGUGCGCAUAAUAAUCGUCUUGCCGUUGUUUUUGCAUGUCGUCCGUCGUAGUACGACACAAAUUCGUUAUCUUUGCCAUUAGUCGCGUUACCACCACCACCACCACCUUGUCGGGUCAUUUUUCUUUUUUUCUUUUCGUAUUAUAACGAACUACAAGAAAAAGAGAAGACAUCUCGAGAAGGGGAAACUUUUUCGAAGGAGCUCCGGCACGUUGGAGGAGGAAGCGAUGCUACCACCCGCUGCGCUGCAUCUGGAGGAGAGAAUGAACGGCGAUAGGACAGGUAUGCAUCAACAACAGCAACAAGAUUCGCAACAAUUACAACGUUAUCAACAUCGUCAUCAUCAUCAUCAUCAUCAUCAUCAUCAUCAUCAUCGAAAUCAUCAUCGUCAUCGACGUCACGCUCGUUCAGUUGAUCGAAAUCACUCAUUGACGACGAUGUCUCGAGACGACGAUGAGUCCCCGUCAUUUUCACAGUCGGCGGUAACCGCGAACGCUGCUACAAACGCACUUUCGCCAGCGAGAGAGCGAUUUCCAUCGUCGAGCAGCACCGAUGACGAUCAAAGCGGGUCGGAUGCUGAGCACGAUACAUCAACAAUACGCGGGAAGGUCCAUUCUGGGAUUCUUCAUCACUCCACCGCGCAUUCUGUCAGGAAACGUCGUGGUAAUCUACCGAAGCAUUCGGUGAAGAUUCUUAAACGAUGGCUGUAUGAGCAUAGAUACAACGCUUAUCCAAGCGACAGCGAGAAAUUAACUCUCAGCCAGGAGGCGAAUCUCACCGUAUUACAGGUGUGUAAUUGGUUCAUCAACGCAAGGCGAAGAAUUUUACCGGAGAUGAUCCGCAGAGAAGGGCAUGAUCCUCUUCAAUACACUAUAUCACGUCGUGGUAAAAAAAUGCCAGGCGGAAGUCAUCAACAACCAUCGAUUAAUCAAAGAAGCAACCAAAAUUGGGAUCCUCUGGCCGAAUGCAGUGCGCCGAAACGUAGAAGAGAUCACGAUUAUGGAGAAGCAACUGGCCUGAUGUAUCGAAGUGAAGAGGAUAGUCCGAACGACUAUGAAAGCAGUUCACAUAGCGAGGAAGAACGUCCUGCUACUCAGUGGCCAAGCGUAAUUGUUUAUCCGUAUUCGGAAACCAAAGUAGAGAAAAAUGAUCAACCUAACUACGGAGACGCGAUAGCCCAUCCAGCUCGACGAGGGGACGAGGAAGAUUCGUCGAUAGUAAGCGAAGCUGCAUACUGGAGUGCACCAAGGCAACAUUUGACGACAACUCCAGACGUGCAACACGAGACAGAAGUUUAUAGUAGUACGCACAACGCUCACAAUCCUCGCAGCGAUGAAACACCACCACCGACGCCCCCGGAAGAGGACAAGGACAAGUUCAAGUGUCUGUACCUGCUCGUCGAGGCUGCUGUUGCAGUACGGCAGCAGGAAGAGAAGGAACGCGAGAGUGCUGUUUCUGUUUAACAGUUUAACUUAUCGCGAAAGAACAGAGCCACGAUGAAGUUCCUGGUGCUUUUUGGAUUACGCUUUUCUUUUAUUUUUCUCACAAGUGAACAAGAGAUAAGAAAAAAACGUGUUUCACAUAGAGAUAAAGAUAAAGCGAUGAAAAAAUGGUGGCCAUAAUGAUAAUAUAAUUUUUGUUCAAAAGACAUUUCGUUUUUGAGAUCCGCUUGUCGAUGUAGCAACCAACGGUGGUUAAUUCAUUAGAAUUGAUUAACUCCAUUCAUUAUUUGCUCCAAAGACAUGCGAAUCAAUCAUCCGACAAAACGGAGCCUUAAUUGUUCCGUUCUUCAUUAUUAACGCGAUUUUUUGAUUUAAGGAAACUAGUUUUCGUUUCAUAUUGACGAUCCAACGCAUUGCUGUACUUUGAGAUAUUUUGAGCAAAAGUGUUACGCAUUUUCGUGCGUUCUUUUUUGUGUCAUUGACGUAAAGAGGUUGGAUAACGUUCGAUCUCUUUCUUUUUCUUUUUUUUUUUUUCUUCUUUUUUUUCUCAUUUUUUUUUCCUUUUUUUCUUUCUUUUUUCUUUCAUUUUUCUUCCCCCUGCCCUUUUGUUCUUUCUUUCUUUCUUUUAUUCUUUUUCAUAUAUUAAGUCGCGCUUAAAGGUCCAUCGCUACGAAUUGCACCGGGAAGUGGCGAAAUAUCUAAUGUUUCUUAUAUCAUGAACGGUAAUCCUCGUUUAUAGCAGCGACUAUUGUAGAUAUAAUUGAUAAUAAGAAACGAUAGUAGGGGGUUUAAAAUAUUUAGAAAUAUAUCGUACGUACGGAUUAAAAGGAACGAGUGGACUUUAGAAAAAAUCGCCUUUAGAAUUGUAAGGUCUGUGCAUUGAUUUUCGCACAUAUGAUUAUUUGUUCUUAUUAAAAGAGAGGAAAGAUAACGUAAUGAUCCGAAAUUAUGUUCAUACAUUAUUUUUCGUCGAAUAGAAGUAUAUGUAUGAAGUACAGUUCAUAUAUAAUAUUACAAUAUGUAUGUAUAUAUGAUAGAAAACAACGCGAAGAUAUUAACGGAAUAAACAAUACCGGCUCGUGUAAUUUUCGCGUUAAACGACAACCAGCUAGCUGCCAAUAUAUGGACAAAUUAUCUAUUCGUUAAAGUUGCAUAUUACAUUGUGUAAGAACACCCGAGAACGCAGAAAGAAAAAAAACGACGUUUCGCCAUUUUCCAGAUCGUAUCGGUGUGUCCUGGUUGUGCAUUUAUCCUUUUUUGCACGAGUAUCGGUUAAUAAGUUUAUACGAGUAGAAAAGUGUUAACGAACGAUUUGACAACGUAAAGAUGAGUUAUAUAGAUUUACGUCCAAAUCUACAAGUUCGCGAUAUAUUAUUUUCUUUUUCUUUUUUUUUCCCCUUUUCAUUUCUUUUUUUCUUUUCUUAUCUUUUUGUAGAAAUUACUAGAGUUAUAUUGUGUUUAAGAACUGAUUCACAUGAAUAAAAUGAAGUUAAAUGAAGUUAAAAGAAAAUGUAGGGAAGUGAAAGAUUCUACAGAAUUAAAAUAUACGACACGUAUAUUUUAUACGGUGCCAAAAACGAAGAGAGAGAGGAGAGCGAGAGAGAGAGAGAGAGAAAGAGAGAAAGAAAAGAAAAAUAAGCGCGAAGGACAAUGACGAUUAAGGAAAAUUUGUGCACACUUUCCGACACUUUGUACUAAGUAAAGCGAAAUUCCGCGAAAAACAAAAAGGUAAAAAAAAAAUAAAUAAAUAAAAAGACAAACGCGAAACACAUCACAAAUGUGCCUUCUUCAGUGACUGUUUAAAAAAGCGACGAUUAACUUAAAAAUGAAUGGUAGUAGACUUUGGAAAAACAACGAUCUCAUUCGACUUUUAAAAGAAUUUAAUAGUCGCCAAUUAACUCACGUCUCCUCUAUACAUAUAUGCCGAUUAUUAUACGUAAUUAACAAACAAACAAAAAGAAUAAGAGAAAGAAAAAUAGUUAACUUGAUUCAUCGUUCUGAGCUUUAUUCAACUUUUAAAGCCAGCGUUCCUCGCAGUUUUAUAUAUACAUAUAUAUACACAAGCCUACGUUAUACAGAAAACACAUACAGUUACAUACGCGUUCAUAUAUUUACACGUAAGAGCGUAACGUACGAGGUAGCAGUCAAAAUUAAUUCGUGUUAUUAGAAUAAUUGAAACAAAACAACAAAAAUGAAAAUGAGCGCACUCUCGAGUUUGACAAAAGUUAUUUAAAGUGUCGAGGCAAACACUUAGAAUUACAAUUAAAAAUAACAACGAUGAUUAACUCACAAUUUUAAAUGGCUCGAUUCUCUCCUGUAAAUUAUUUUGACUAUUGUUUAACAUUCAUACGAUUUCUAAGCUUCAUCGAUCACAGUCUAAUAUUAGAUUUUUCAUUAAAAAUCUCUUAUUCACAUUACGUUUUAAGUUCGUAGAGAUUCUAAGAAUCUCUUUCAGUUUAUCUUCUUUUGUGUACCUUCCGUUAUUAAUCUUGAAUUUUUAUUUUCUAGUUGUAUCGUAAACAAGAAUGUUCCCAUCGUCAAAAGAAUUUUCUUAUUUUUGUGUUCCCAUAGAACAUACAACACAGCAAUAUUAGAAUUUAAGUGAAAUUCUCGAAGGAGAAUCGGGCAAAACACAAAUUGUGUUUAAAAGCAUUGGAAAGCCUCAGGCAUAUCGUAUCUCAUUAUUAGAUUUUUAUUUUCGUAUUUAAGCAAUCGACUCGAUUAUACGUAUACAAUACAAACACACACAUAUUAUACAUAUAUAAUAUAAAUACAUACAAAACGCAACAUAUAGUGUUAAACGGCCUUUUUGCUCCUAAAUUUCGAUUGGUGGAGCACAUCUUGUUAAGAAAAUUUUGUAUCAUGAUAUACGGAACGCUAUUCUUACGAGUUUUACUCGCGUCCCUAUUGCUAGCUGACUAGUAACAAUCUAGUAAUCUGACAAAUAACAAUCUCUUUUGUAAUCGAUAAUAAAAAAAAAAAAAUAAAAGAAAAACAACAUGUACUCAAUAGAAGUAUAUCAAAUUUUAAAAUAAUAUAGUUUGAAUAUGGUCUGGUCUGUAUCUUUGUGUGGAAAUAUUAGAAGAAUAUAUAAAAAAAAGAGUAAAAAAGAAAAAGCGAAAUUCUUCUAUUUCGGCAUUCACGGAAAUUCUCUUUACAAACACAACCGUACAAAUUAAACAAUAAUAAGCUUCGAAAAAGCGUGACUGCAAACAAAUGAAUGUUAUUAAUUGCUCUAAGAAAAUUCCUGCGUAAGAAAAAGAAAAGAUAUUUAAUUUGAAACGCACGAUAUCCUAUAUUUUCAUGGGCUCGUAAGAUUUCUUUUGAAAUAUCAUCGAAUCGUAUAUUUUUCACAUUAAUCUUUUUUUAUAGUACAAUUUACAAUUUUACUUUCUUAUAUUCAAAAGUAUUUCGGAUAAACAUUUACAGAUACACAUGAACACACAUACAUUCUAGAUAGACUAUGCAGCGCGGGAAAGAUUGGUACAAACACCAAAGACUUACAUAAUUAUUAAUAUUUAAUGAUAACAAAAAUUGUCGAUAUAUAAACAUCGAUGCGUUUUUGACAAAACGCAAAUAAAGAAAGGAGAAGAAGUAGAGGAAUAAUAAAAAGGAGGAGAAGAAAUUUAAUCACAAGAUGUCAAUGUCCAAGCAUGAAAAGCAAAUUUGUUCGGAUUACAUUAUACAAUGAGUACGAAUCUGUCUAAAAGAAGCAUAUCUCGGUGUAUAAAAAAUGCUUGGACAUCGUAAUAAGAUGAUUUUUAUAGACUAUCAGGAAUGGGAGAAUGAAAAAGUAGCGUUCGAAGAUGAAGAAUUGUUGAAUGUACAAAUCGCAAGUUAAAUUUAUUUUAUAAUCGCGUGUAUCCUUUCGCAAUCCUUAGAAUCAGUAUAAAGGUAGCCUGUAAAUAUAAUUAAAAUUAGUUCGCAGUAGAUCAUAAAAAGGGAGAGAGAAAGAGAGAGAGAGAGAGAGAGAGAGAGAGAGAGAGAGAGAGAGAGAGAGAGAGAGAGAGAGAAAGAGAAAGAGUACUAGAAAGGCACACACAUACGUACGUACAUAUAUAUAUAUAUACAUAUAUUAAGAUUGAAAGGUGUAGUCGUUAGAUUGUUGCGAAAUUCUAUCGAUGAUUCUCCUGAUAAAAUUCCCUUUUUCUCUAUAUUCUUAUGAUCCUGUUUGAUUGACAGAAAAGAAUUGAUCAGAGGGAAAAUUGAAAGGAAACUCAUCGAUGCGAAAACAUACUAAGCGAAUUUUAUAAAGUAUCAAUCGACGCCAUUCAACCCUUUAUGACCGAGAAUUUUUUUUUCUUUUUUUUUUUUCAUCAUCCUUUCGUCUAAAUCUUAGCUACGCACCAUGAUAAAUCUUAGCCUCACUAAUCUACGCUUUUUCGUACACUGAUUAAAGAGAAAAAUAGACGGAGAGAUGCAUAAGAAUAUAUAUAUAUAUUCUUGUUAUUAUAUACAAAUACUGUGAUCACAUUGAAUUAAUAACGAGAUUAUAAAAAGUUGUUGCUGGUGGAACUUUCGCACCCCUUGAGAGUGUAGUUUUAUAAAGGGUUGAAGGCUUGAUGAGAGAAAAAUCCCCUGUUGUAAAUAUCCUCUACUCCCCCCUUGCUUUUGCGAUUACCAAGAUGAUCAAGCAAGCAUCUACGCAAGCGUCAUUAUUGGUAUCUUGUAUUAUGAUCUUCAAUUACUUUUGCUGGCAUUAUAAUAUCUAAGCAUUACAGAUAA